CGGUGCCAUCGACCAGCAAGUUGGUAGCGGUGAUCACAGACCUAGACUGCAGGUGUGAGUUCUGAGGACAUCUGUGAUUACUCAGUGAAUUCCUUACCAGUGACGGUCAGUUGGUGUUUUUCUUUGGAUGCUCAGUUUUGACUUCAUGAAGCAUAAGCUGUGACCAUGACUACUGAAGUUGGCUCCGCGUCUGAAGUGAAGAAGGAAUCUGACCAGUUAGGAGCAGAUGCAACCAAGGAGAAACCUAAAGAAGCAGCAGAAAAUCAGCAGAAUCAGUCAUCUGAUCUAGAGGAGGAAAAGGAUUCCCAAUCAUCUCCUUCAGCUAAAAGCCAAAGUAGUACACAGCGCCAGAAGAGGCAGAAGGAUCCAUCUGAGAGUAGGGGCAUUUCUCGAUUCAUACCCCCGUGGCUUAAGAAACAAAAGUCCUAUAACUUAGUAGUGGCCAAAGAUGGAGGAGAUAAGAAAGAGCCUACCCAAGCUGUUGUGGAAGAGCAGGUUUUAGAUAAAGAGGAAUCUCUUCCUGAAGAAGAAAGGCAGGCCAAGGGUGAUGCUGAGGAAGCAGCUCAGAGAAAACAACAGGUCAUUAAAGUUGACAUCGAGGAAGAGAAACCUUCAGUGAGCAGUCCUGAGGCACAGCCUGCUGAAGAAGUGAGGAAGGAGGAGAGAGAGGAGGAGAAGGUAAAGGAAAUACAGGAAGACAAGUCAGAGGAAGCAGCAAAAAGGGAGACAAAGGAAGUGCAGACCAAUGAGCUAAACGCAGAAAAGGCCGUUCAGAAAGCCACCAAGAAGACCAAAAGUGUCCCGUGUAAAGUGACCCUCCUGGACGGCACCGAGUACAGCUGUGACCUAGAGAAACGUGCUAAGGGACAAGUAUUAUUUGACAAAGUGUGUGAACAUCUCAACCUCUUGGAGAAGGACUACUUUGGACUUUCGUUUCAGGAAAGCCCUGAGCAGAAAAACUGGCUAGAUCCUGCAAAACAAAUAAAGAGACAACUGAGAAAUCUUCCCUGGCUGUUCACUUUUAAUGUGAAGUUUUAUCCUCCUGAUCCUUCUCAAUUGACUGAAGAUAUCACCAGAUACUUCCUGUGCCUUCAGCUCCGACAGGACAUUGCCUCUGGCCGCCUGCCCUGUUCUUUUGUGACUCAUGCCCUCCUGGGAUCUUACACACUACAGGCUGAACUUGGAGACUAUGACCCAGAAGAACAUGCCAGUCAUGACCUCAGUGACUUCCAGUUUGCCCCCUCCCAGACAAAGGAGCUGGAAGAGAAAGUGGUAGAGCUGCAUAAAACCCACAGGGGCUUAUCUCCAGCACAAGCUGAUUCCCAGUUCUUAGAAAAUGCAAAGAGGCUUUCCAUGUAUGGUGUUGACCUACAUCAUGCCAAGGACUCAGAAGGCGUGGACAUCAAGCUGGGUGUGUGUGCUAAUGGGCUCCUCAUUUACAAGGACAGACUGAGAAUCAAUCGUUUUGCUUGGCCGAAAAUCUUGAAAAUUUCCUAUAAGCGCAGUAACUUCUACAUUAAAGUUAGGCCUGCAGAGCUGGAACAGUUUGAGAGUACCAUUGGAUUCAAACUGCCGAACCAUCGGGCUGCGAAAAGGCUAUGGAAAGUGUGUGUGGAACAUCACACUUUUUACAGGCUUGUGUCUCCAGAGCAGCCACCAAAGGCCAAGUUCCUGACCUUGGGGUCCAAAUUCCGCUAUAGCGGCCGCACCCAAGCCCAGACCCGCCAGGCAAGCACCCUCAUUGACAGGCCUGCGCCACACUUUGAGCGCACAUCUAGUAAGCGGGCCUCCAGGAUUCUAGAUGGAGCUCUAGUUGGUGUUGUGGACCAAAGUCUUACGAAGGAUUCUCCUGGCCCUGGGGAGGUGUCGGCAUAUGGCCGAGGAGUUGUCAGCACUGCCAUAGUACAGGAUGGGGAUGGCAGAAGGGACCUUAGAAGCCCCACUAAAGCCCCACAUGUGCACCUCAUUGAAGGAAAGAAAAAUUCCUUGAGAGUAGAAGGGGAUAAUAUUUAUGUCAGACAUAGCAAUUUAAUGUUGGAGGACCUGGAUAAGGCCCAGGAGGACAUACUGAAACAUCAGGCUAGCAUUAGUGAACUCAAGCGCAAUUUUAUGGAAUCCACACCUGAGCCGCGCCCUAAUGAAUGGGAAAAACGACGUAUCACACCUCUGUCCCUACAGAUACAAGGGAGAAAAGGAGACCAUCUUUUCAAGGAUAUUUUAUCCAUGACCGAGAAGCAUCAGAUGGCGGCAACACGGACAGUUGAAGAAAAAGCCCAGGCAGCAGACAAGAAACGCGCUCCCGAGUCCGAAGGGCAUUGCGCUGGAGCCAGUGAUGCUGUUAAGAGUUCACAUGAGACUCUGAAUGUAGUGGAGGAGAAGAAGCAGGCAGAGGUUGGGAAAGACCAAAGAGUAAUCACAGAAGAAAUGAACGGUAAAGAGCUAUCACCCGGGAGUGGUCCUGGGGACAUCCGUAAGGUGGAACCUCUGACACAGAAAGACUCCACCUCCCUGUCUUCUGAGAGCAGCAGCAGCAGUGAGAGCGAGGAGGAAGAUGUGGGCGAGUACCGGCCCCACCACCGGGUGACUGAGGGCACCAUAAAGGAAGAGCAGGAGGAGGAUGAAGAAGAGGUGGAGGAAGAACCCAGCCAAGCAUCCCAGGUAGUAGAGAGGGAGGCAGCAGUGCCAGAAGCCAGCCCAGGCAGACACGCAGGGGCCAGUGUAAGCGCAGUAGAAACAGUGACCCAGGAGCAUGUAGUUGCCCCUAAGAUACCUGCAGAGAAGAGUGUACACGAAGGCGCAUUUAAGCAAGAUGUGAGUGAAGACACAGAGGACGAGCAACAUAAAGUUAACGGAGAGGUGUCUCAUGUUGACAUUGAUGUUUUGCCACAAAUUAUUUGUUGUUCAGAGCCACCCGUGGUAAAGACAGAGAUGGUAACAAUUUCUGAUGCCUCACAAAGGACAGAAAUCUCUACCAAGGAAGUGCCUAUUGUUCAAACAGAAACCAAGACCAUCACAUAUGAGUCUUCACAGAUUGAUGGCGGGGCUGCUGGUGACUCGGGCACGUUACUGACUGCACAAACCAUCACAUCUGAUUCCGUGUCGACAACCACUACCACACACAUCACUAAGAUGAUAAAAGGUGGAAUAUCUGAAACAAGAAUUGAGAAACGCAUCGUGAUCACAGGAGAUACAGAUAUUGACCAUGACCAGGCACUGGCCCAGGCCAUCAGGGAAGCCAGAGAGCAGCACCCCGACAUGUCGGUCACGAGAGUGGUGGUGCACAAGGAAACUGAGUUGGACGAAGGGGAAGAGUAAGUCAAGAAAUCCAUUUAUUAAACAACAUUCAACUUUGUGAACCUGAAGAAUUUUGACCGUUUCAAGUCUUAAUGCCACACCACUACUCCUGCGAAUUUACGACUGGUAACAAUGACCAGAAGCCUGAAGUGUUAAAAUGCCAACAACAGACCCUACCUUAACAGCUCUGGUCUACUCUGUUCCCUCGCAUUUUAAUAUAUUGUUUUGUUUUAUAACCACUCCUAAGUAAUCUUGGUUCUUUCUUCCUUUUUUAUUUUAAUUAGGGAGUUUUGUUUCCUGUUUACUUUGUGUACAACUACCUGCUUUUUAUGACUCAAAUGAUCCAAUGAUAGUGAACAAAGCCAGCCCGGCUGGUGAGGUGCUGUUCACUGGAACAGGUGCUGUUGUGCGGAAAGAAAACGCUGUGACUAACUUAGGUAGUGUCUUUCCUCCUUCCCAUUCCCACUGAACUCCCACCAAUUACAGCAAAUAUUUACAGUUUUCAAAUUGCAGUAAAUAUACUGUAUGAGAAAAUACUAGUAUGGAUUAAAAGCAUUUCUUACAUCUCAAAAACUUUCUAAUGUUUUAGAAAUUCAUUGGGAAUAUCUUUUAUGGGAUCCCUUUUGACUUUCCAGUCCUGUGACUUUUUACUGUUAGUAGAAAGUCAGACUCCAGACUGGAGAAUUAUGCAGAAGCUCACUGACCACGUGCUGUUUGCGGAGACCCCGCGGCACCACAGUGCCAACGCCUCUCAGACACGCUCUUCGGCAGCAUUCCAGAAACAGGAGGGAGGAGCAAGAGGCAAUGGUGUCUUCCCUCCUACUGAAGUAUUCAGGCAGCUUAAAACCUUAUUAGUGCUUUCUUUCUUAACAUGUCCAAAUGUCAGUACUUUCCAUUAUUUGGACAUUUGUGUAGAACACUUGCUUUGUAUUAAACCUCAUUGUGUACAUGUGAAACUGACCUUUUAUUAUUGAGCAGGUCUGUCUCUCUCAGAUAGUGGGAAACACACAGGUUUGAGGGCACAGGGGAGAGGAGGAGUGGGUAGGGCUGUGGUGGUGUUUGGAUGGGCAUCAGAAAACUAGACUGUUUGAAGCUGACACCAGAGAUCUGAUAGGGACUUAUUAACUGUAUGGAACAUUUUCCCUUUGCUUUUGACCUGAUGUAUAGUUAUGAUGCCAUAUUAGAUUUAUAGCAGCUUCAAGUUGUAUUAAAUGAUAUUUUGCUUUCUGUAAUACUGUUAUAAAAUAAAGUUGGUUUAUUCUCUA